ACUAACGUGACCCUAUGAUCUGCCUAGUUAGCCGUGGUUUCUCCGAGCCGCCCUAAACGGCCAAACGCAUUUGCUUUGUCUUCGCUUCUCCGGAGGUCGGAGGUUCAAACUCAGUAAAUAUCAGACGCAAGCGCUUUGAUACUCUCCACUUACAGGCUGACGCUUAUGGCUUGCUACGUCACAAUCUACUUGGGUUCCUCUCUUACUUUCUUUUAACUUCUCUCUUCGUUUCCAUGGACAUUAGUUUCCUUGAAUAUUAAUUGCGAAGAUAUACAUCUCUUUGGUUCGGAAUUGAUUUCAUUUUUUGGUUGCCUUUUGUGGCGCUUCCUGGGAGCUGGAGAAGUAUGUUCGGCCGCCUACAUUGAGUCCAAUUUAAGACGUCGAGAAGUCCGUAGGCCAACCCCCAUCCUCGGACUCCGGCACAACCAGACGCUUAGAAGUCAAGGGAGGACAUGGAAGAUUUGCCGGUGCGUUUGUUCGGAGUCUGCGGCAGCGGCUGCAGCUUCUUUUCCGGUGAGCAUCGUAGUGAAGGAUCAGACAAUAUGUGAAGUGUAAUCCUGAUUCCAUUUCCACCUCUAUUUUUUCAUUUCCAUCAAAAAAACUCUUCGGCUCUUACAUGUGUGAAGCGUCUCACCCAAAUCUGAGCCGAGAGGCAGUCACCCAAAGCCCCCCAUCCCUUCUUCUUCCUCUUACUGUCACAGAGGCAUCGCCGUGAACUUAAACCCCACAAAUUUCCCGAGCUCACCCUUGAUGAGGGCGCCGAAGGUGUCAAUUGUGUCCUCUGCAUGCCUUUACUUCUUUUACGGACUCCUGAAUCUGGGGUUCCUCUCGCCAUUUUUCCUUAACCUUUGAGGUCAGCUUUGAAGUCAGGGCCCGACAAAUUCCAGCACCAACCACAGAAGAGCGACAAGAUAGAUCAUCAGCAUCCUUGUUACCCUUUCGGUACAGAAUUUCAUAGUCCAACUCCACAACUUGUGCAACCACUUUUGCCGCACAUUAUAUCUUUCUGUUUUGGAAGGCACUUCAAGGCCAGUUGGCCAGUUUUAAUGAUGAAGGGUUGCCCCUUAACAUAUAAAGACCAGUGCUUGGCUGCAAAGACUGGAGUUAAAACCAGAGCCUUCAAUUGAGCAUAUUCCACACACGAGACAUUCAAUAACCCCUUCAUACCUAUAGCUCCUAGUAGGAUUACCAGGUCGAAUAUUUUAGUCUUUUAGUAUGCUGUCUAUUUUAGAGUUAAUACGGAAACAACAUUGGUCAGAGCUCAAAACGCAUCUUCGAGUCACUCAACCUAUGGUACUUGUCGAGCAAUUGCUUAAUGCAGGAGUUGAUUCAGAGCUUGUUCUUAGGUUUUAUCAAUGGUCUCGGAGAGAGCUCAAACUUCCAUAUGGUCUUGAAACCACCGGCAAAGUUGUACAUUCUUUAUUGAGUGCCAAAAAGUACUCUGUGGUGAGGUCCUUUCUGGAUGAUUUUGUGAAGAAUGAAAAGCAUCCAGUUUUCUCCAUUUUUCAUUCCCUUUUGGUUUGCAGUCAGCCAACUCAUGCAAAUGCUAUAGUAAUUGAUAUGUUGAUCCUUGCAUAUGUGAGAAAUUCGGAACUCCAUUCUGCUUGUGAAGCAUUCAAGCGAGCUCAAGAUUAUGGCUUUAAUUUAUCAUUGAAUUCCUGCAAUCCGUUAUUGAGUGCUUUGGUGCGGGAGAAUAAACUUGGCGAUGUGGAACAAGUGUACAAGGCUAUGAUCAAAAGGCGGAUUAAACCUAAUCUGAUCACAUUUAACAUUUUCAUUAAUGGCCUCUGUAAAGCUGGGAAGUUGAAUAAGGCAGGAGAUGCUAUUGAAGACACCAAGGCGUGGGGAUUCUACCCAAACGUUGUUACUUAUAAUACUCUCAUUGACGGGUACUGUAAGAAGGGGAAGGCUGGAAGAAUGUACAAGGUUGAUGCUAUUUUGAAGGAAAUGCUGGCUAAUAAAGUUUGUCCGAAUGAGAUUACCUUCAAUACUAUUAUCGAUGGCUUUUGUAAGGAUGAAAAUGCGAUGGCUGCAAUGAAGGCUUUUGAAGAAAUGAGAAGACAGGGAUUAAAACCUACUCUAGUUACGUGCAACUCACUGAUAAAUGGCCUUUGUAAUAAUGGGAAGCUAGAAGAGGCUAUUGCUUUGUGGAAUGAAAUGGCGGGCCUGGGUUUAAAGCCCAAUAUUAUUACUUAUAAUGCUCUUAUUAACGGGUUUUGUAAGAUGAAGAUGAUGAAGGAAGCAGUAGAGUUCUUUGAUGACAUAACUAUCCAAGGGUUGGUUCCCAAUGUUGUGACAUUCAAUACACUAAUAGAUGCUUACUGUAAGGAAGGAAUGAUGGAGAAGGCACUUGCAGUGCAUGGGUCAAUGCUAGAUGAAGGAGUUCUCCCAAAUGUUUCAAGCUAUAAUUGCUUAAUUGCCGGUUUAUGUAAAAAAAGAAAUAUGAUAGCAGCCAAGGAGCUUUUAAGUGAAAUGGAGGAUAAGGCCUUGAGGCCUGAUAUAGUGACGUAUAACAUAUUAAUAGAUGGAUGGUGUAAGGUAGGGGAAUCAAGAAAGGCAGAAAAGUUAUUAAAUGAAAUGUUUUAUGUGGAUGUGAUACCUAAUCAUAUAACUUAUAAUACUUUGAUGGAUGGCUAUUGUAUGCGGGGAAAUCUCAAGGCGGCAUUGAAGGUGAGGACUCAAAUGGAGAGAGAAGGUAAGCGAGCAAACGUUGUUACAUACAACGUGUUAAUUAAAGGAUUUUGUAAAAUGGUGAAGAUGGAGGAAGCUAAUGGACUUCUCAAUGAGAUGUUGGAAAGGGGUCUAAUACCAAAUCGGACUACCUAUGAUAUUGUUAGAGUUGAAAUGAUGGAGAAAGGUUUUAUUCCAAACAUAGAAGGGCACCUAUAUAGCAUCUCCGGUAUGACUUAGCAUGAGCAUGAGUUGCUAAAUGGAUUUCCGUGAUUGAUGUACAAAAUGCUGUGGAGGAUUGAGAUUCGCAAAAGAUCCCCAUAAAAAUUAUGAGGUUCUUGUCUGGUUUGCAGCUGUGCUGUUGCUGGGAAAAUUCACCAGAAGGAUUAUUCUUAUUGCUGACAUCUUGUAGAGUUGUUGGCUGUAUGCAUCAAGAUUAGGGAAACUGUUAUAUGUUGCAUGCCAUUAAGUAUAUGUUUUAAAUGAUUUGAGAAUAGUAUCAACACUAUAAGAAUGAUUCCUUUUUGUUA